CCCUCCUUCGGUACUUUUCUUACACAACACCGCCACGCAACCCUUCUUCAGUCUUUCACCUAAUUAUUACAAAUAUCCCAAAAUAUGUAAUUACUUAAUUAAUCACCAUUCAAUUAAUUACUUAAUCAACCAAACAAAUUUUCAAUUCCGUGUGUAGAAGAGUGGGAAUUCGAACUCUGAACUCGUUUCAAACUCAAUUCGAAAACCCUACUCACCCAAUUCGAUUCUCCACCCUUCUUCAUCAAUGUCGCCGGCGGCGAUGAACUUUUCCUCCUCCGAUACAACUCCACAUUCUCCUCUCCAUUUCGCCCCUUUCAACGCCGACGCCACCAUCCCUGUCGGUUCCACCGCACGUGGAAAGUCGAGACCGAGACUGACAAAAUUGAGAAAACAAUCGGCGACUCAGAACGCAAGGUCUAGGACCAGAACCGCCGAUGCAGUUGACGAUGAAGUCUCUGGCUCUGGCUCCGGUUUCGGUUUCAAUCCUUUUCGCUCCGAUCAGGUAAGUGAUAAUUUUAAAGGAGUAGAAACUGAUGCCGGUUCUUUUGUGUUUAGUGCUAGAAAGAUUGAUUCUGAUUCUGUUAGGGAUUUGAAUUCGGAACAGAAAGAAUCAGAGGUUAGGAAAAGUGGCGGUGUUGAAUUUGUGUUUAGUGCUAAAGAAAUCGAUUCUAAAUCGAAUUCAAUUCUUGAUGGAGAGAAAAAGAAUAGUGAGAGAAAUACAUCGAAUUCAGAAGGGGAGAAGGGGAAAGUUAAUUUUACAGGGUUUGUUUUUGGUGCUGGUAGAAAUGAUUUGCAUUCUAAUUUUAAUAUAGAAAAAGGAAAAUCUAGUGUACCUGAUGGUAAGGAGAGGGAAUGUAAAACUGAAUUUGUGUUUGGUGAUAAACAACAUAUAGAUAUUAAAAUGUCAAGUUUUAAUGUAGAAAAGAAGGAAUCUGUUGACAGCAUGAGAAAUUCGAAUAAUGGAAGUGGCGUUUUUCAUGCUGCCACGGAAACGAACAGUAGUUUUGAUAAAGAUGCUGAUAAGUGUGGUAAUCUGGGUAAUGAUGUUAAGUCAAAGAGUGGAAAGGGAAGUACUAAUGGUUUUACUGCUACUUUUAAUGACAUUUCUGGUAGUAAAUUAGUAGAUGAGAUAAAGAAACUGAACAUCAAUCAUCCUGAGGGUGUCCGUAUUGCUAGAGAUUCUACGAAGUCAGGUGUAAGUAGUAGCAAUGGUUUUGUGUUUGGAGGAAGUGACAAGGUUUCUAGUGUUAGUUCGGGAACUAAUACUAGCGGUGAACAAUUGUAUACUAAUGUUGAUUUUGAGAAUAUUGGACGGCAAUAUGCCAAAGCUGGCAGAAAAGAUGAUGUUAAAAAUGGAACUGCUUGUGGCAUUGCCCAGGAUGCUACAGGAAUACCUUGUUCUAAGACAUCAACCAGUCAGGGUAGGAUCGGAGAUUUCCAGUGUGGCAAAAUUCCAGAAUUUCACGUGUCUGAAGAUGCUCAAGUGAAUGGAGCUGAAGAGUCUUGUACGGACUUUAAACCUCCGGCAUGGGAUCCUUCUUGUUUUAAAGAUAACUUAUUUUGUAACCUAAAUAAAAAAUUUGAAUCCACACAUAAGACUAAACCUUCCAAAGAUAAAGGAUCAAAUUUCCUGAGGCGGAAAUCGAAGUCACAUUCAUUGAAUAAGAAACAGACAAGGAUAGAUCAUUUGCCAAAGGAAAACAGUUCACUUGAAACCCCUGAAUCUUCUGGCGGCUUCUCUCCGAUGGAUUUUUCUCCGUAUCAAGAAACAGCAGCAGAUGAUCAAGAUCUAAAGGCUUCAGAAGAAUUAAAUGUGCUGCACCCAUCAUUAUCAAUUCCCACUGAUUAUAAAGAUGACCUCACCUCGAACUCUGAAAAGAAAAAAGCUGAUAUAUUUCAUUUUGUUAAUGGUCUGGGUGAUUCGAAGGAGAAAGAUUUUGCAUUUUCUGCAGGAUCCACUGUAGAGGGUACUUCAUCAUUAUAUAAGCGUAAACAGAAGAAAUUUAGGAGGAAAAUGGGGUGCGGAAAGCCUGUAUCUUCCGCACAAUUUUCUCCAAUUACCACUCCCAACGUGUCAUCGCUCUCUGAUGUUACGGACAAGUCUCAGAUGAAUGAUCAGCUCACGGAAGGGGGUGAUACGUCACUGGCUACAAUUGAAGCUGCCUGUUACCAAUGGAGACUCAGGGGGAACCGUGCUCAUAAAGCUAAGGAUCUUUCUAAAGCUGAGGAAUUCUACACAAAAGGAAUAGAUUCUGUCCCUUCCAGUGAAAGAUCAGGAUGCUGCAGUAAGCCUCUUUUACUGUGUUAUAGCAACCGUGCAGCAACACGUAUUAGUCUUGGAAGGAUUAGGGAAGCUCUAGAGGAUUGCAUGAGGGCUACUUCUUUGGACCCCACCUUUCUGAAAGUACAGAUGAGAACAGCUAAUUGUCACCUUUUGCUAGGGGAAUUUGAAAAUGCCCAGCAAUGUUAUAACAAGUGCCUGGAAUCAGGUAAAGUUGUUUGUUUGGAUCGGAGAGUAAUAGUAGAAGCAGCUGAAGGUUUACAGAAAGCUCAGGAAGUAGUUAAGUGUAUGAAUGAUGCUGCUGAACUUUUGAAGCAGAGGACUUCUGAUGCAGCUGGUUCUGCUUUAGAACUUCUUACAAAGGCAUUGUCAAAGAGUUUAUACUCAGAAAGAUUGCUCCAAAUGAAGGCCGAGGCUCUGUAUUUGCUUCAAAAGUAUGAUGCUGCAAUUCAGCUGUGUGAACAGAGUCUGAAGCUUGCAGAAAAGAAUUUUGCCUCGCCAAACAGUGCAAACAAUUCCAAUAAUUCCACGCAUGAUAGUUACUCUAGUGUCAAAUUGUGGAGAUGGUCAUUGAUAUCAAAGUGUUACUUUCGUUUGGGGAGGCUGGAUGCAUCACUUAAUAUUAUUGAAAAAUUACGGCAAACAGCAUCUGUCAAUGACAAGUGUGUGAUUGAUAAUAAUGAAGACUUGCUGUCAUUAGCUGCUACUAUACACGAACUUCUAGACCACAGGAAAGCAGGAAAUGAGAACUUUAAAUUGCAAAAGUAUGCAGCAGCAGUGGAGAACUACACUGCUGCUUUAUCUAGUAAUAUCAAAUCACGCCCUUUUGCAGCAAUAUGUUUUGGCAACCGUGCUGCUGCUCAUCAAGCUUCGGGCCAAAUUGCUGAUGCCAUUGCUGACUGCAGCAUGGCUAUGGCCCUUGAUGGAAAUUAUGCAAAGGCAAUAUCUAGAAGAGCCACCUUGCACGAGAUGGUUAGAGAUUAUGAACAAGCAGCUUGUGACCUCAGGAGACUUAUUUCUGUUCUUGGAUCUCAAUCCAAUGAAAAGGCCAAACACUCUGACUCACCAAAUGGAUCAACCGGUGGGAAAGAAUCAAGGCAAGCUCAACAACGUCUGCUUACUGUGGAAGAUCAAGCCAAAAUGGGGACCCCCUUGGACUUUUAUCUCAUUUUAGGAAUUAAACCAGCUGACACAGCAGCGGAUAUCAAGAAGGCCUAUCACAAGGCAGCUCUCAGACAUCAUCCAGAUAAGGCUGGUCAGUUGUUGGCAAGAAGUGAAGUUGGGGAUGAAGGCCAUGUAUGGAAGGAAAUUUCUCAGGAGGUGCACAAGGAUGCUGAUAGGCUUUUCAAAAUGAUUGGAGAGGCAUAUGCUGUACUUUCAGACACUGCCAAGCGCUCGGAGUAUGAUAUGGAAGAGAACAUAAGGAAAACUUAUAAACAAAGUAAUGGAGGUAGCGCAGGCAGGAGAUCUUCAGACGUUUAUGGGAAUGGAAGAUCAUCUGAUGGUUAUAGAUCUGCCUAUGACAGAACUUCUAACAGACGAUAUGGAUAUCAUUGGAGGACAUAUGGAGAUUCAUAUUCUCGAUGGUAAAAGAUUACCUAGACAAAGGGAAUCAAUGUUCCUUUCCCUGGUCUGAAUGAAAAUGACGUUCUUUCCCAUUCUUGAUAGACCCAAAUUUCAUGAUGGUAUGAAAAAAGAGGCUUAAACCUGCUUUUGCAGUUGCAGGUAACAACAACUCCUAUUCUUGGUCCGGUUGAAAGUGACUUUCGUCGUGACUGAACUUUCCUUUUUCUUUUGGUCUGACUCAGCCCUCGGGCCAUUGCUGCUUUAUUCUUUUGGUUUGACCGAGACCAUUGCAAAAGUAAGUUUGCUUGAGAUAUUGUAAGCAUGAGCUAUAUAAGUUAUGUAGACCUUCAAAUAGCCAAGAAAAACAACGGAUCGAGAAGCCGGGAAAAGGAGGCAACUUGGCAAGAACAGGCCCCGACAACAAUCAGAUACGUGCUUCACUAACUUAACUAUACCAAGGCAUUGAUACUUUCAUACCUAACUGCAUGUUGUUGGACAAACUUUUCUGAAAAGGAAGGGGCUUAUUUAUGCUGAAAGUCCGGCAAAUACUCAGUUGUGAUCACAGUUUCUCAGAGUGUAAUAGAUACUGUAGAAGUUAUGUAUUAGUAUGGUUUAAUUUGGAUUGAGAACCUUAAUAGGAAGCAAUAUAAUGCUUGUGGAAAUUAAUUCAAACUUGAUGUUUAUUUACACUCAAAAUGUUGAGUUUUUACAUAAGAACAAGGUGUUCAGAUCUUCUCCA